AGAGAUAACAAGAUGACAUCGACUACAACUUCAGAUAUUAAGAUCAUAUUGGGAUCAUCAUCGAUAUGGAGGAAGAAGGUGUUGAGUGAUCACAUGGGAUAUACAUUCACAACAAUGUCACCUGAUAUUGACGAGAAGGCCAUCAGAGAUCCAGAUGCAAGGAAGCUUACAAUGAUGAUAUCAAACGCAAAGGCUGAUGCUUUGUUGUCCAAGGUCAAGGAGCCAGCGAUAUUGAUCUGCUCCGAUCAAGUCAUUGUACAUAACAACAUCAUUAGAGAGAAGCCAGACACAAUAUCAACAAUAACAGAUACGAAGGAUAUAUGUAGAGAGUAUCUCCGAUCAUAUGAGUUCCACCCUGCCGAGUGCAUUGCUAGUGUUGUGGUUGUCAACACACAGACCGGCAAGAGAGUACAAGGAACGGAUGUGGCAUCAAUGUACUUCAAGAGGAUACCAGAGGAGGUCAUUGAGAGAUUGAUCGCACAGGGUGACGUGAUGAAUUGUGCAGGAGGCUUCACAGCCGAACACAUGGAAGAAUACAUCGAUCGCUGUGAGGGCGAGUUCGAGACUGUGAUGGGUCUGCCCAAGACAAUGACAGCGCGUCUGAUCGAGGAGGCAAAGAACAGC